AUGCAUCAAUUCAGACCUGCCCUCUGCGCCCCCUUCCCACAACACGCGAACCUCCACCUCCCGUAUCGCACAGAGCCCCAGCAGCGACUCGAAGAUGACCAUUCCGAGACUGCUCGUUCCGCAUGCCUCCGGUGGCAGAUGACUUUAGUGAAGGAGCGGAUUAAGACGGCAGACAAGAAGAUGGAGAGGGAGAGGAAGGAGGUCAGUUCUACUUCAUCUCUUCGCCUCCACUUGGCCCACGUCACGAUAAGGGAACAGAAGGCCAUCGAGGAAAUUCGCACCUUAGGACAGCUGCUCGACGACCACCAGCGGGCGAACGACAAGUUGCGGUGCCUGGCAAAAGCCCUCGAAGCGGACUUCGUAAUUUCGAAUCUAGGGCAGGGCAAUGAACGGAGGCAAUAA